AUGCGUCUCACGAGCAAGCGCGACUGGGCAAAGAUGGCGGCGGGCUCCGAUUUGCUUGAUGAUGUUUUCUUCAACACAGAGGUGGACGAAAAAGUAGUAAGUGAUGUAGUGGGAUCUCUGGAGUCUGAACUAACUGGAGCAGGGCCCACCAACACAACGAUCAGGGUUCAGUUUGCAGCAAAUCACCUCGGAAACUCAGCUGUAAUUAGUCAUUCCAAUGUUCAGUGCAGCAAAAUGGGACUUUCACAACAAGAGCUCGCUAAAGCAGGGACAGGAGUGCAAGGAGGUGUCAUUAGCAGUACGGGGUCCCCGGGUUCAAGUAUGGAUGGAGCCGCCGGGAACACAUUGAGUAUGACAGCCGCUCAGACUCAGCCUAAACCGGGGACAGCUAGCGGAGUCGUUACGGUGGUAUCGGGUGCAACAUCUGGUGUGGAUAAACCUGCAACUACUGCUGUGCAAACUCUGAAUGGAAGUGCUGUGUUGAUGAACUGUAAUGUCACCGGAGGCCGUGGCAGCAAAACCUCACAGUCAGCUGUCACACUUGUAAACAAUGGACCUGUUUCUGCGAGUAGAGAAGGCGCAACAGUUUUGUCUGCAAAUAAUAUAAUACGAACUUCUUCGACGAGUGCGCAGCAUGUUGUGAUUUCGUCUCAGCCAUCAGUAAAAAGUGUACCCACUGUCACGCUUCUGAGGCCACCUAUGCAAACUCCCACUAACCCGUCUCACACCGUGUUAACAUCACCCACUAGCACGACCGGCUCGCUUAUCAACAAAUUCGACUCCACACAAACUAUAAUGCAGGCUGUUGCGACAGGGACACCAGCCACCAUGAGGAGUCCGACUGUUUUGCAAAAUGUGAGGACUUCAGUACCUUCAACAAUCGCUGCCACUCCUCCUGCUGGAAUACGAGCUAUUGCUCCACAGGUGUUGGCCCCACGACUCACCCAGCCCCAACAAAACACUCCAAAUAUCCAAAACAUCCAGCUCCCUCCAGGUAUGGUUUUGGUCCGCAGUGAGAGUGGGCAGCUGCUGGUGAUUCACCAGCAGACCUUGGCUCAGAUGCAGGCUCAGACGCAGUCCCAAAGCGCCAUGACCCCCCGACCUGCAGCCCCCUCCAGCACUCCGCCUGUCCAGAUCACUUCUCUUCAGGCUCCGGGCGCGUCCCUGCUGCCUCGUCCUGUCCCCCCCACCACCAUCAUUAAACAGGGUACCACAGUCCAGACAACUGUAGCAGCCUCCACCACACUGCAGAGGCCUCCAGUACUGCAGAACACCAUCAUGCUGGGAGGAACGUCUGCCUCCACGGGACAGCCGAUAGGAGCCCCCACCCCGGUGCAGCCUGGAUGUGCAGUUACACAGAGGGGGAAUGGGACCCCUGUCCCUCCAACAGCUAUCUCAGCUGAGACCCUGGAGAAUGUAAAGAAGUGUAGAAACUUUCUGUCCACGCUGAUCAAGUUGGCCUCUAGCGAAAAACAGUCUUCUGAGACUUCGGCCAACGUGAAGGAGCUGGUCAAGAACUUACUGGAAGGGAAGAUGGAGCCUGAAGAUUUCACCAGUAGGUUGUACCGGGAGCUCAACUCCUCGCCUCAGCCGUACCUUGUGCCUUUCCUGAAGAGGAGCCUCCCAGCGCUGCGUCAGCUGACCCCAGACUGCGAGGCCUUCAUCCAUCAGAGCCUGCUGCCUCUGCCCAGCAAUCAGCCUGCAGCUGCCUCCACCGCCCUCACCGCCGUGGUGCUGAGACCCCCCCUCUCCACGGCCCCCACCAUGGCCACCAGCACCGCCGGGGCCAAAACUACAGUCAUCAGCCUCACUCAGACUCCUCACAGUAAACCUGCACUGAUGGUGCCACAGCAACAGAUGAUAGUGAGGCCCCAGGUGACGCUGGCUCAGUCUCCCAUGGUAACAGUCAGAGGACAAUCCCAUAGCCGGAUCAUUGUGGGCCAGCCGCAGAUGGCCAAACCGCUCCAGACAGCAGUGAGGCAGACGUUUACUCCCAUGGUCAGAGCAGGGCAGGUGGUCAGUCAGACGCCUCUCAGUGCUGCUCAGAGGCUCAAGGAAGCAGGAAGGGGAACCUUCAGGGAUGACGAUGAUAUCAAUGAUGUGGCCUCGAUGGCAGGAGUCAACUUGUCGGAGGAGAGUGCCCGUAUCUUAGCAACCAAUUCUGAGCUUGUUGGCACGGUGACUCGGUCCUGUAAGGAUGAGGCCUUUCUCUCCCCCUCGAUACUCACCCGGAGAGCUCUGGAGAUUGGUAAGAAGUUCGGUGUCAGCGAGUUGGGGACAGAUGUGAUAAACUACAUUUCCUACGCCGCACAGCAGCGACUCAGACACCUGCUGGAAAAAGUUUCACAAGUGGCGCAGCAUAAAAACACAACCUUCAAGGAGGAAGAGCGCUGCGAGCAGGUCACCGAUGUGCGAACCCAACUUAAAUUCUUUGAGCAGCUGGAUCAGAUGGAGAAGCAAAGGAAGGAAGGGCUGGAGAGGGAGAUUCUGUUGAAGGCUGCUAAGUCUCGGUCACGGCAAGAGGACCCCGAGCAGCUGAGACUCAAACAGAAGGCCAAAGAGAUGCAGCAGCAGGAGCUGGCUCAGAUCAGACAGAGAGAAGCCAACCUAGCGGCGCUGGCAGCUAUCGGCCCGAGGAAAAAACGGAAAAUGGACUCUCCUGUUAGAGGAGCCAGUGCAGAGGGCUCGGGGGCGGGCCCCUCUCAGCCCGGCGGCUCCAGUGCAGCGAGCUCCAGACAGUUUAUGCGACAGCGCAUUACCAGAGUCAACCUCAAGGACCUGCUGUUCUGUCUGGAGAAUGAAAGAGAGACCAGUCGCUCUAACCUGCUUUAUAAAGGCUUCCUCAAAUAGCACCUGCAUUUGAAAGACUAGUGUCGCUCAGUGGCAUUAAGGAAGCCGAGUUGUUUUGUCAGAUCGGACCCACUCAGCCGGUUCUUUCUUUGAUCAUCCCGCUGCUGAAUGAAGAGUCGUCAGUGUGUGGGUGGAGAAUUAUCUGGAACAAAGAGCAGACGUCGUCUUUUAGAAGCCUCUUCAAGCAAAGGGCUUUUGUAUUUUCAGAGGUGCAAAUAUUUGACUUCAGCCCUGAUUUCAGUGUGCCUCUCAGCUCGGGUAGCUCUUUAAAAACCAGUUGCACCAAACUACACUCCAGUCAUACACUGCCUCACGCUGCACACAAGAAACACGUCUUUAUUGAACGCAGCAUCUCAGACGCAGAGACCGCGUCAGUGUCUUUCACACUGGCAUCGUGUUGUAGCAGCAAUCCUCUGUAGAGUGGUUCUAUCAGCCUGAUUUACAAACCUGCAGUAAUGUGCUAACUUUCUGUUGGCGUAGACUCUCUGUUUAUUUAAGUUCCUAACAGGGAUUUUAAUUAAUCACACAUUCAUACUAUAUUUGAUCACAGCCUGUGGAUUGUUUUACAUAGACUAACCUCGACUAGCCUUGCCAUCUGCUCAGUUGCCUUCUUAACAAACGAAGCCAUAUUAGAACGUGUUGAUCAGCUUCAGUAACUUCAUCUAUCCAUCAGCUCUCUCUCUCGUCUUUGUCGUUUUGUUGCAUGCUCUCUUUGUUUCGUCUUUGCUUGAUUGGAAGCAGACAUGACAGUUGAUUUGUCAUGUCUGGUGCAUGAUGUAAUCAAAGGUAGUUGGUAUUUGAACUCCCGCCCUAAUGUUUUCAGUGAGUUCCCAACACAGUGGUUGAAAGCAAAAUAUACCACCUUUUAAUACAAAGACUACAUAUACUUUACAUUUCUAUCAAUCAUCUCUAGAGCACACCGUACUGGUUGAGAUUUGUCCCAACUUUGCAGCAGUCAGCAUAUGACGAUAUAACAUUUAACUACAAGAACUGAAACUUGUAUUAAUGUUAACAUCCACUGCUAAUUGUAUUUCUGCACUGCACUUCUGGUAUGUUAUUGUAUGGGUAGCAAGCUUGUCAUGUGUUGAUAUACAAGAGCCGGGAGAGGUAAUGAAAGAUUUACAUUCUGAAAAUAGUUUGGCUCUGUGUAAAUUGUUAUGAGGAAACUAUGAAGUAAUUGUUCUGCCUUUCAUUAGUGUCAUUUAAAAGGUGAUAGUCUUUUCAGAGAAGAGUGUGAUGUUAAAGGUGGGGUAGGUAAGUUUGAGAAACCGGCUCGAGAUCGCUAGAAUUUGAAAAUACACAACCGGAGAAAAUCUGCCACUUCCUUAC